UAUUUGCGAUGUUUUUUUGGUAACAUUUUAAAGAUUCUAUGGCUUUCGACAUGCAACCCUACAUUUUAAACUUUUCCAAACAUCUCCUUUCGUAACGGCCUUGAAUGCGAAAUAGCACUUGUAGUUCGCGUUUUAAUUUCCGUUCAUUGGAUAUAAGAGAGAACAAGAUAGCGAUAGCAAUUCCCAGCGUAUUUUGCAAAACACAUACAUUACGCGCCGUUUCAUUUCAUUGCUUAGCCGCUUUGUUUUUUGCUAGAACGCGUUGCUGCAUUCGGAAAUUACACACACAAAAACAGAAAAGUUUCAAAAGUAAACGAAAAAAUAGUAAAAGAGGCGUAAAAAUUUGUAACAAUUAAUUGUGCUCGUGAAAUAAAUUAUAAACCUAGUGGCGUACGAAAAUAACAGUGUAGCUUCAUAAUGCCUAUACAACUUGACAAAAUAUUGGCAGAUAUAGCUGAGGAAAAAGUUCUACAUCCGAAUUUUCCGCCAGCAAGCAAAAAAGAAGUAGACGAUGCCUGGGCGCGCGUAGGAAAAAAUAAUAAAUUAUCCGUACACGAGGCUCGGUCCAUAUUCAAAGUACUUCAAAAGAAAUAUGAACAAGAGAAGACCAAGCGCACUCCAUCAUGGAAGCUCUUCGAUUUAAUGGAACAAAUACACCAGCCAAUGAAAGAGGAGGAUGCUAAACAGGAUGAUGAUGGCAUGGUGUCUAUGGAGGAAGAUGAAGAAUACGAAAUGCUUGAAGUACAAGAGGAAGAGGAGCCAGCGGCAGGGCAAGGUAAAACAUCUGGUACAUCGGACAGUGAAAGUCCAACAAAGUCAAUGAGAUCUGGUGGCUCUAAUGAAACAACGCCCGAAAAGGACGAAAAAGUUUUAGCUAAACCACAGCAGAAAUCUACUACUUCUGCAACAGUUAAUUCCAAAAAAUCUGCUUCUCCAGCAGUUGAGGAAAAAAAAUUAUUGAAUUCUUUAGCACCUUCAUCCCGACCGCCAACAGCCAGCCAAACGGCAGCAGUCACAGCCGCUGCGUUACAUAAGAAGGGUAUAACCGUGAAGAAAACUUCAUCGAUUUCUACUACUGCAACACCAACUAGUGGCACAUCUCGUGUGGGCCAAUCGACAAGCAGCAGCGCACAACAGAAAAAUUCAUCUACACGAGGGGCUGGUCCGGUAUUAGGCGUCGGCGAAACUAUACCCUUGCCUGAAUCAAUUAAACGUAAAUUAGUGGAAAUGCAGCCAGGACCACAGCCUGCUAAAAAACCUAACAAUAAUCAGUCAUCUACGACAUCUUCAUUGACAACCACAUCAACAUCGACCCAACGAAACACAUCGGUUGCAAACAACGCCAAUAACAGUAGCUCAAAUUUACAAGAAAGUAUCAUUGGUUUAAAUACUGAAUCGGAGGUUACAAUUAAACAGGAACCUAGUGAUAAUAGUAAUCCGCCCGCAGGCAUAAAUUUAAUUACAAUAACUGGUAAUCCAAGAGUUGAAUUAACGAAUGGUGUUGGAGUUGGCGGGCCAUCCUCUUCAACUGCUGCCACAGUUGCUUCAACAUCAACAAAUGGAUAUUCACCGCGACUGGAAGAGAUUGACUUUCGUAAUGAUAUUAUAUUUGAUUCUGGAAAUGGGCAAAUUAAUGGGGCUGUUACCAGGGCUGCUAAUCAUACAAAUUCGACUGGUGGUAUUAUUAAUUUGGGUAAUUUCGACAACUCACUGCCACCGACAUUUUUCAAAAAUCUUUGCAACUCAUCACGACAUGAAGCUUUGGGUCUUUACGUAGCCAACGUAAUGAAUCGUUUACGACCGCGUUCCGCUGCAAAACUUGAAUUGGGUAUAUUGCGAGCAGUAAUCGAUGUCCAAAGCGACGAAUUGGAACAGUAAAAAAGUAACUUGUGGUUUUAAGACAAAAGAGCUAGAGUACUCCAGUUUCAUUCGAGAGAAGUAUUUUAAAAUAAUUUUUUACGCUGUUUACGUAUUAAACGUAAAUUUGUUAAUAUGUAUGUCUACUUUUACAUCGCCAAGAUCGUUUAAAUUUUGCAUGAACAUUUUUAUUAUAAGGCUAUCAGCUAUCGAAAUACAAGCAUGGAAUGUAAACGAUAUUAAAACAUCUUUAUCAGACUUUAUGUGCUUAAAAAUA